AUGCAUCGCUUGUCCAUUUUGUUUGGAGGGAGCUGUAUAAUGACUCUCAACAAGAUAAUUAAAAAAGUGAUAGCAGAAAGUGAGAGAACAGUAAUUGAUAAAGUAGAGCAGGCCUCUGUGUACGAGCCACAGUUGGCAAAUAUGAUAAAAAAAAGGGACAAAAAAAGAUCCUAAAACCUAGUAUUAGUAAAAAUUAGUAUUUGAAUAAUAGUAUUCAAAUGACUAAUUCCCCAAAUUAAACAUUACUCUGUUUUUUAGCAGCAGGACAUUUGCAGAACAAAUUGAACUGCCAAGUGUUGUGUUGUGAGUUUUCCUAAUGAAACUUGUGAAUUUUUACCACAAAAGUACUUCAUUGCCUUCUCAGAUAUUUUGAAAGUCAUCUGCAACUACCUUUAUGCUUUAAGGUUCUACUACAUACUAAGUACAAUACAAUGUAUUUGCAGAGCUUGCAGCAACUGCUUUAAUGUUUUAAGAGCGUGCACAGUAAUAUUAUGAGUACAACACUGAUGAUACUGUACAAGUACAUGAACAAUAGAUGUAUCUGUUCUAGGUUUUUACUCCAGCUCAGCCUAUCUUUGCAGUAAUUGUGCCUCCUUCCAUCAAACGGCACAGAAUAGUCCUCACCUCGGUGUAUUGUUUCAGAAUACACUGAGACUUUUAUAGGAAAUCCUCGCUUUAUUGAUCAGGGCAGAGAAAAAAUUAUUCUGACAGAGUCAGCAUUUUUUCUACACUGACAGUGACAUCUAUAAAAAGCUAAGGUCCACUUUCACCACUGGGCCUUAAGCUUGUUAUUUUAAGUCACUUGGAGGAUUUUUGGAGCACUAUCCUCAUUACUCUCUGCUUCAUCCUAAAGCUCUGUGAGCACAUGUAACAACCAGGUUACCUAAGGUUUUUAUCUAUUUAAAACAGAGCAGUAAAUAUAUAAAAUGGAAACAAUUUUAUUUAAUUAUAUCCAAAAUGUACAACUAUACCUAAUAUGAAUGUUAACAUUUACUUUAAUAAACUAUCGCUUCUUUUGCUAGCACCAUGUUGUAUAAAGUAUAUUACACCAUAUAACUAUACCUACCAAAAUAACAUUGAAUCACCCUUUACUGUAGACAUGAAAAUAACCGUAUACCAUAACCCAGAUAAUAUAAUAAGUAUAAUAGAGCAGAUUCUUGAUUGCAUUAUUCGUUCUUGGUUUCCGAUCACUUAUGGCAGAUUACAAUUUCCUUAUAUUAUUUGUAUUUAAUAUUACAGAGUAUAAAACACUUUUUUAUAUAUAAAUGUAUAUUCCCCCCUUGUGUUUAGUUUUUUCACAUUUCAGCCUUGAAUCCAUGGAAUCCACACAGAUGAGUGGGGCAUCAGCUCGGACUAACUCAUGAAAAACCCCUGACCAAAGCCGUGGGUCGCUGACACCUUCCUGAACUCACCUGAGAUAUUUCACUCCGAGGACAGAGAAGACAGUUCAACAUGUCCUCCAAAAAGCACAGCUUUCAGUGCUUCAACUCUGCAGGAUGUGAAAGUCCAAGAAGGGCUACUCUGCACCACACCACUGGCUUACCCAGAAUUCCUAAGCAUGGCCUGGUGGGCCGCCACGAGCCUCUGGAGGUUUGCCCGGCGCACGGACACGGCCAUACUUGUGACCCAUUACCUUUCUGUCUGCACCAGCAGCCACACCAGUGUGUUCACGCGGCGCCAGUCAGACCCGAAGAAACGCAUUUUGACCACGGUCGCCACGUUCAUUCUCACCACAGGCACAGCCGGCGGGUGGUGUUAGUGAAGAACAGCGACCCCUCUGUCAGGAAGACCAUCGUUUUGCACUGCAGGAGUAUACGCAGUUUGGGCCUUUUCUUAGAGGAGGUGUCUGAGCUGAUGCAGUACAACAUAAGAAAACUCUACACUGUUGACGGUCGUAAGAUUGACAAUGUGCAGACUCUCAUGCAGUGUCCCAGCGUUCUUGUCUGUGUUGGACACAAACCUUCUCACCCGUCCAUUGCAGAUUUGUUUCGGCAAUCAGCUGAUGACCGGCUUCCAAAGUUGAGUGUGAGGACGAUCUGCAUUGAAAGAACUGAGGGUGAAUACUGUAUUUGCAUCCCUGUUGACAUUACCAUUGUAUUGCUGCAUAAAUUAUUGCUGUAAAAGAACAAAAUUACUAAUUUUAUAUAUUUUUCGUUA